GGAGCACAAGUUUUCGUAUGCCAAGUUCUGGGUCAGGAAUUUGCAAGACACCACAGAAGCAAAUUGAAGGCUGUAAGAAUUCUGAGAACGCUGUAGUCAAUGGUUUCAAGGUACCAGCUCCGUCGCCUUGCAAGACGCCAAAAUACAAGAAACCUCCGCCAGCCAAGAUUGAACGGCGUGAGAGCAAGCUGUGGCGAGACUCCGUGGACGGAAACAUCAAAGAAUUGCUGAAUGAGAAAGAGAUGAGUCGGCAAGAAGUGAUUCAUGAACUGUUGCAGGGAGAGGAGGAUCUUAUACAAGAUCUUCAGAACGUAAAGAAGGUAUACCACGAUGGAAUGAAAACACUACACCUGAUGACUGAGGAUGAACUGAAACAAAUAUUUGGCAUUAUAGAGGAAUUGGUGCCAAUACAUAAAGACCUGGUGUCCAAGCUGAGCAGCCAGAAGAAUACUGAGGGAUCCAUAGACAGCAUAGGAAAGAUCUUAGUGGACUGGGUGUCCUUCAAAAACCCCUCCAAGGGUCAGGCGCAUACGUUACAAGCCAACGACGAGCACGACAAGAAGCAGUGGCUGAGCAGUAUAGAGGCCGUCAUCAACGGUAGUGCUCUUCGCGAGAAAGAGGAACAGGACGUGCAGUUUAGGACAAAUGGGGACAUAUCCCUGCCUGUCUUCAUAUAG